UUGAGGCGCUUUGCGUUUGGCUAUAACAACCCGGGGAAUCGGUGUCGGCGGGCGCGCUGAAGUAAAGCGCGAGGGGAACGAUUCGACGUUUGUUAGGAGUACUUCACUCUUCGGGAGGAAUCGGCGCUGUAUGCGCAGGACGGGAUUUUUGACGGCGUGCGGGCUCUUUUGGGGCCGUUUUUGUCGAGGGCUUGCCGGUCGGGGCCCAGGAGGCCAGGACUCGCGGAGGUGAGGCCCUCCCCGUACUGUACUCCUCGGAGUUGCGUUUCGGCGGAGGAAUUUUUAACUGGCGUGGCUAACGCGAUUCCGCCUCCACCUUCCCUCCGGAACGGUUUCAUUCAGAGCCUUCCUUGGAUGGGACGGUUCACGGACUGGAGGAACUGUAGUGUCAAGAGUUGAGGUACCUCCGACACCCAGGGAGGUGAUAAUAGGGUGGUUAACAUGACCCGGUCGGCAUUGCGAUUCAUCGCAACCGUGGUCUGCCUGUCCGUAGUCGUCACAGGGGAAAGCAACAACACAGCAUGGAUACGGAGUGGUAGAGUUCGUGGCGUGAGAGAUACAAAUGAGAGGGACCGAGGGGAUAUUGCGUCUGAAGGUGGAGAAACCGCGCCAAGCUCGUGGGGCGAUGGAGAUUCAUAUGAAGAUUCCUUGAGGGAAUCGUAUAGAGGAAGAUCAGAAUACAAUCAGAGCUACCCCUACGACCCUUACAACAGAGGAGGUGGUGGAUACGGCUAUGACAGCUCUCAGGAUCGAAACCGUAACGAUGGAAGUCGUGGAGGAGAGGUUUCUGGUCAAUCCUAUGGAGGCCAAUCCGGUUACGGGAGUCAAGGGCAAUCCUACAGUGGUCAGGGUGGUCAGUCUGGGUAUGGAAGUGCUUACGAUCAGCGCGGAAGAGAUGGUUACAACCAGGGAGGCAGGGAUGGUCAUAGUCAAGGUGGAAGAGAUGGUUAUAGCCAAGGUGGAAGAGAUGGUUACAACCAGGGAGGAAGAGAUAGCUAUAAUCAGGGUGGAAGAGAUGCCAACAAUCAAGGCGGAUAUGGCCAGGGCACGGACAACAGAUCUGGAUCAGGAACAGGAUCAGGAUACGGUCAAUAUCCUGACAGCUAUCAGGUGUACCCAGUACCCGGUGACAGGACUUCAAAAAACUGCACUGGUUCUGGCUGUUGUGCUCCCAAGUGCUUUGCUGAGAAAGGAUCGAGGGGACCUCCUGGAAUCAUCGGUCCUGCUGGUCCCAAGGGUCAGGUUGGUUUUCCUGGUGCUGAAGGUUUACUGGGACCCAAGGGAGAGAAGGGAGAUCCUGGCCCACAGGGACCUAUCGGAAUCAAGGGUGACAGGGGACCAAUGGGAUUCCCCGGAUUCCCUGGAAUCGCUGGUGUUCCUGGUGUUCAAGGGUAUCCCGGAUCACCUGGUAUGCCUGGACGAGACGGUUGCAACGGAACGGACGGAGAACCCGGACGUCCUGGAGUUCCUGGAGAGCCUGGACCUCGAGGUUAUCGAGGGGGUACAGGGCCGAAAGGAGAUAAGGGUCAGCCAGCGUAUGCAGGAAAAUACCCCGUUGGUCAGAAAGGAGAGCCUGGCCUUGACGGAGUUAGAGGACCACCAGGGCAACCUGGACCACAAGGUCCACCUGGUUAUCCUGGGCCCAAGGGUGAUCGUGGACCAUUUGGUGCUCCAGGAGCCCUAGGACCUAAGGGAGCAAAAGGUAACAUGGGAUUGGGAUUCGAAGGUUUGAAAGGAGACAAAGGUCUGAAAGGAGAGCCGGGCCCUCCCGGUAGAGAGCCAGAAUACCCACCGUUCACAGGAACAACGAGUACAGUUGGACCAACUGGUGAACCGGGACAAAAAGGAGACAAGGGAGAUCAAGGAUUUGAUGGACCCAAAGGAGAAAUCGGUUUUUCAGGAGAUGCUGGAGUGCCCGGUUCUCACGGUGGCAAGGGAGAAAAAGGUCUCCCUGGAGCUCCAGGUAUUCGAGGGAGAGAUGGUUUCUCUGGUCCUCCUGGCCCUCCAGGACGGAAGGGUGACCGUGGCAUCGAUGGAUUAGACGGAUUGCCAGGUAGACAUGGACAAAAAGGAGAGCCCGGACUUGAUGGACCUUCUGGGGUGACUGGUCUUCGUGGACCUCCUGGACCGCCAGGAGGUGGCAAAGGACAACCGGGUCCGCCCGGGCCAAUCGGACCCAGAGGAUUUCCAGGGCCAGUAGGACCUAGAGGUUUGGACGGUUACCCUGGAGAGCCCGGGCCACGUGGACCUAUCGGUUUAACUGGUGGUCCCGGUCUACCCGGUAUUCCUGGAGCUGAAGGAGCACCUGGCGAUAAAGGAGUGAAAGGAGAGCCCGGUCUGACGGGAUUCCCCGGUGAAGGUGGACCCAGAGGAUUUGACGGCCCUCCAGGACCUGCUGGGCCUCGAGGACCUCAAGGAGACAAAGGAUUUUCGAUUAUUGGUCCGAAAGGAAUGGAUGGAUCUCCCGGUUUAGAUGGUGCAAAGGGUCAAAAAGGAGAACGCGGUUACGUUGGAGUUCGUGGACGACCCGGCGACUCGUUAGACGGAAUCCCCGGUGCUCCCGGAGUUCCUGGUUUACCAGGAGAAGCUGGACUUGCAGGCAGAGAUGGCAGUCCUGGUUUUCCCGGUGAGCCCGGUGAGAAAGGAGACAUUGGAGGUCGCUGUUCAGACUGUGUCCCUGGAUACCCUGGUGUAAAGGGUGACCGUGGAUUUGAUGGAACACCUGGAUUGCCGGGACCGAGGGGGCCACCUGGGGAAAGAGGAUAUCCAGGAGAGGCCGGAGCUGACGGAUUGCCGGGACCGAUUGGACCCCCUGGACCAGCUGGGAAAGAUGGGAUUAAUGGACUUCCUGGACCACAGGGCGAACCCGGUGCGCCUGCGUUCAUCACAGAAAACAUGUUGAAACUGGAAAAGGGUGAGAAGGGAGUGCGUGGAGAGCCUGGAAGACCAGGGCCUGUUGGACCAGAGGGACCCAUUGGAGAGAAGGGAAGACCUGGGUUUGAAGGAUUCCCGGGUCUUAAAGGACAAGUGGGUGAUCGGGGAUUCCCAGGACAAGAUGGAACCCCCGGUAGACCUGGCGUGCCCGGACGUAAAGGAGAGAAAGGAUCAAGUAUCAAGGGUGAAGCGGGUAUACCUGGACGCGAUGGAUAUCCGGGACCAAAAGGAGAACCCGGACCCUAUGGCGAGAAGGGAGCGACAGGUCAAUGUCCACCAAUUAAUUUGGAGAAAGGUUUCAAGGGAGAUCGUGGAGCUCCUGGAGAGAAAGGAGAACCUGGGCCUCCUGGACGUGAUGGACCUCCUGGACUGAAAGGUUUACAAGGACUUCAGGGACUAGAAGGACCGACCGGACCGAUUGGUGCCCCGGGGCCAGUUGGACCUCGUGGAUUACCAGGACCACGUGGUGAGAAAGGAGAUAUUGGACCCAUGGGGUUCCCUGGUGAGCCUGGACAAGAAGGACCACGAGGGUUCCCUGGCAUACCAGCGCCGAAGGGAGAGAAGGGAGAGCCGGGAUUGUCGAUGAAAGGAAGUCAAGGGUUAUCUGGACCACCUGGAGAGAAGGGAGAACGAGGUCUGCCUGGACCACCUGGAAAGGAAGGACCUGCUGGAUACUCUGGGCUACCUGGAUUUACUGGGGAAAAAGGUGACAUCGGUAGCCCUGGAAUAAACGGACUCCCAGGUGCCCCAGGUGAGAAGGGAGAUACUGGAUUGACAGGGCCUCCUGGACCACCAGGAGUAGCAGGUUUCCCAGGCGUUGAUGGGGCUAAGGGUGAACCUGGUCUGACUGGAGAACCCGGCCGUGCUGGCCUCCCUGGGUUCCCAGGUGCCAAAGGAGACCGAGGCGAGCCUGGUAUCGAUGGCCCGAAAGGUUAUCCUGGACGCAGAGGAAUUCCCGGAGUCGCUGGACGUCCUGGAUUGGAAGGAUCAAUCGGACCGAAGGGUGAACAAGGUGAGAAAGGUCCAUCAGGUUUCCCCGGUCUCCCAGGAAUGGAGGGUAAGCCAGGUAGACCUGGCGUUCAAGGACCAAAGGGUGAUCGUGGAUUCGACGGAUCUCCUGGACUGCCAGGACCAAUGGGAUUAGAUGGGCCGAAAGGAGAUCACGGUCAGCCUGGGUUCCCAGGAAGAAAAGGAGAACCUGGUAGUGUGUCUGAUAAGGGGCAAAAAGGAGAGCCAGGCAUGCCUGGCAUUCGUGGACCAACAGGUCCGCCCGGAAGAGAUGGGGUUGAUGGGGAGAAAGGAGAAGCUGGCAGACCUGGUUUCGCUCGUGACGGAUUUCCGGGGCUCAAGGGAGAACCUGGUGAACGUGGACUCGAUGGGUUGCCUGGAUUGCAAGGAGACAAAGGAGACACUGGGGUGCAAGGGUUCCCUGGAAUGAAGGGUGACAGAGGAUUUCCUGGACCUUAUGGUGAACCCGGCAAACCUGGUCUGGACGGUCUUCCUGGAGAGCCUGGGGAGAUUGGGCCACAUGGUCCUCCUGGAUACCCUGGGAUCAACGGGGAAAUUGGACAGCCUGGUAGACCUGGUUUGGAUGGGGUCAAAGGUGACGUGGGACCUCAGGGAUUGGACGGAUUGCCUGGGCUACCUGGAUCUUUCGGCGAGAAGGGAGAUCGAGGUCCUCCUGGCCCGACGGUCAAUAUCAAGGGGGAGAAGGGAGAACCUGGAUCGCCGGGAUUCCAUGGACUGGAUGGAGAAAAGGGAGAUCGCGGAUUUGAGGGACAAACUGGGUUUGAAGGAGCCAAAGGAGACAGGGGCGCACCUGGACCGAUGGGCAAUCCAGGAGCCCCUGGUGCACCUGGACCUAAAGGCGAUCAUGGACCCACCGGUGCUCCUGGUGGCCCAGGUCAAACGGUGAAGGGAGAAAAGGGUCUUCCAGGACUUCUCGGCAAGCACGGACGCGAUGGUUUCCCCGGAAUUCCAGGAGAUAAAGGAGAGCCAGGUUUCCCAGGUUUACCAGGACCGAAAGGAGACGCUGGAACGUGGGGACCACCUGGACUUCAAGGGGAGAAGGGUGAGCCUGGUCCGAUCGGUCCAGAAGGACUUCCCGGACGUAGUGGAGAGCCAGGAUUCGAAGGCGCCCCAGGAAUUCCUGGAGAGAGGGGACCCAAGGGAGAUCAAGGACCACCUGGAGUGUUCGGAGGAGUUGGACAGAAGGGAGAUCGUGGACUUUCAGGUCCACCUGGAUUGGACGGUAUACCCGGAGAAAAGGGUGACAGAGGAUUCGACGGUUCACCUGGUGCGCCAGGAUUUCCGGGCGAAAAGGGAGACCGAGGAUAUCCCGGGCCAACCGGAUUGAUAGGAGCUAUUGGUUACGUCGGUAUCAAGGGAGAUAAGGGUGACGAGUGUGUCGAGCCUCCAAUGGGACCAAAGGGAGAUCGUGGAUAUCCAGGAUCUCCUGGAGCCCCCGGACAAUCCGGCGAAAAAGGAAUGGAGGGUCCCCCAGGUUUCCCAGGUGCUCCCGGUCCGAAGGGAGCAGCAGGAUACUCAGGUGCACCAGGUCAGCCAGGUCUGCCAGGAUUAGCCGGGCCUGUUGGUCCCCCAGGGCUUCCAGGUCUCGAAGGACCUGCAGGUAUUCCAGGGCCCAGAGGAGAGCCAGGAGCUCCUUGUGAACAGGCUUCAGACUAUCUCACCGGUAUUCUCCUGGUCAGACACAGCCAGAGUCAGAGCGUACCCUUCUGUGAGCCCGGUCACAUUAAACUGUGGGAGGGAUACAGUCUUCUGUACACAGACGGAGACGAGAGAGCGCAUUCUCAAGAUCUAGGUUAUGCUGGCUCGUGUGUAAGGAAAUUCUCCACUAUGCCUUUCCUCUUCUGCGACGUUAACAACGUGUGCCAUUACGCCAGUCGAAAUGAUCGCUCUUAUUGGCUGUCUACCAAUAGUCCGAUACCCAUGAUGCCUGUGGAGGAAACGGGUAUUGAGGAAUAUAUCUCUAGAUGCGUCGUUUGCGAAGUACCAGCCAAUGUUCUAGCAGUUCACAGUCAAUCCCUCAGCAUACCAGAGUGUCCCAACGGAUGGUCUGGCCUGUGGAUAGGCUACAGUUUCGUUAUGCACACCGGCGCCGGUUCUCAGGGUGGCGGGCAGUCACUAUCGAGCCCCGGCUCCUGUCUGGAAGAUUUCCGCGCAACGCCCUUCAUCGAGUGCAACGGUGCAAAGGGACACUGCCACUACUACGCGAAUGAAUUCAGCUUCUGGAUGGCAACAAUCGAGGAUAGACAGCAAUUCCAGAGGCCCGAGAAACAAACACUCAAAGCUGGUAACCUAAGAAGCCGAAUAAGUCGAUGCCAAGUUUGUAUAAAGAAUACGUAAGAGAAUAUGAUACAACAAUUAUUGUAAAACAAUUUGAUAUUUCUAUUUUCCUCUUCAAAAUUUGUGAACAAUGUCAUUCAUGGAUUCUCAACGAAUGAGACAAUUGUGGGAGUGGGAUUAUCGAGGAUUUUGAGUGGAUAAAGAAACUCACUCGAGACAACAAUUUUUUUUCGCCUGCAAUGUUUUCUCCAGUGCUUUUGUAGCAUAUCUUUUAGCGAAGUAACCCCAGUGUUUUUGUCAGUUUUGAAAGGAGCUCCAGCGAGACUCAAUUUUCAAUACUCACGUCGUCGAUUCUACUCCAGUGAGUUCAUCUUUUUCCCCUUCAACUCACUCCUCGUUAACCCAUUCCACUUUUAUUUCAACUUGCCGAAAAAAAAACAAAGAAAACUUGGUCUUUCACUCAUCUCACUACUCUGUCCUCUUUCUCCUCCCCAAAUGUGUUUUGUUUUUUCCACCUUACAUUUUUAUAACUAUACGACUAAGUGCCUAGCAAUACUAUUUAGCAUGUAAAAUAAUAUAUAUUUAUAUCGUUAAAUUUGUACGAAGUCAAUUAAAAGAGCAAAAUGAAGAUGAGAAAUAUAUGCUUUAUUCGGAUAAUGAAAGAAAUUUAUGUGGAGCGAAAAUACUACCGACACUGCCGAUAUCCAAUAUGGCAAAUUUUACAUAUUGUAUAUUAAUGUAAUGAGAAAUUUUUAAUGAACAAAUUUGUAGCCCAAUAUGUACGCGUGAAGCCAAAUAUUUAAGUACAUAGGUAUUUUGCUACAUAGCCAAUAAAAAUUAUACUUCGAA